CAUUCAAAGGAGAGAAGGAAAAACCUGUCACUCAAUCAGACCUGAUGAAACAAACAUUAGCUCUGAGACCCGUCCUCCUAACUUUUGUGACAGCUCAGCUCAAAAAUGACUGUUUAAAUAAACCCACCACCAAGGGAUGUGAUGCUUCCAACUUCCAACGGACGGUUCGUAACGUGGUAGAGGACAAAUUUCUGAAUCACAUCAAGCCUUAUAAUGUUUCACAUAUAGAACCAAGUUAUGCCAUGGGCCGUUGUCUUGAUCCCGUGCCAAUUGUUGAACAUGUACGUAUAAGUAUGGAGAUAGAUAUAGUAUGCUUGGUAAGUAACACGGUGGGUUCAACUGGGAUGGAGGCGAGCAAGCUAAAUGGAGGGAAGAAAAAUCAAUAGAUGAUGUAGGUAGAAUGAAUUAGGUGCAUGUACUAUGAAUACAUGUCUGCAUGUGUAGAUGGCAGGCAGACUGGGAGCAGAGAACCUUGCGUGGCCGGCGUGGGUGGCAGGAUGUACCGUGUGGGGGCGUCUGCGGUAAUGAUUGGCUGAUAAUCAGGAACCUUCAGGUUAUCCUGUAAGUUCUCCGACCAGCGCGACCCAGGGGGGAAAAAAAAAUUGGAAAAACUGAGGAUACAUGUACCUAGGUAGGGGGAAGGAACUAUUCCGGCGCGGGCGUAGGUGCGAUCGAGAGAGGAAAAAAAAAUGGCAAGGAUUGAAU